AGGAAUUGCAGUCAUAUGACACCAGUCAGCUGGUUCAGCAUGAGGAAAUCCGCGAUUCACCGCUCUGCUUUGUUUAAAGGGGUGUUACUACCGGUAUAUACGCACUUUUAAUGUUUACCUUGGGGUUUUAAUUCAUUUGUAUACCGUUAAAUACCGACGGGCAUGUCGAUCAGAAGUAUCCAAAGCGUGGUUCUGAUUUUAGCGACUUUAUUCGGCUUACUGUGCUGUCACAGUAACACUGAUCCCGAGGAUACUUUAGGAGUCGGAGACCAUGCCGAUGCUGGGUACGAGUCCGUCCGAUACCUGCUUACGGGCAAUUCGACAAACGCUACCAGCCUGACAUACGGAUUCAUCGCAUGCGCGAUCUCUGUCACUUUUUACGGGAGCAAUUUUGUUCCUGUGAAGAAGAUCCACACGGGAGAUGGCAUGUUUUUCCAGUGGGUCCUUUGCGCGGCUAUUUGGACCGUGUCCCUGAUCGUGAACUUGAUUCUCAAUUGCCCCAAAUUCUGGCCCCUGGCAAUGUUGGGAGGUGCCAUCUGGGCAACCGGAAACAUCACUGUGGUGCCAAUACUGAAAACCAUUGGCCUCGGACUGGGCAUCUUGAUUUGGGGGUCCUUUAAUUUACUCAUGGGUUGGGCGAGUUCUAGGUUUGGCUGGUUUGGAAUUGAUCCAGAGGAAGUGGCUAAACCAGUACUGAACUAUUGUGGUGCAGGUUUAUGUUUACUCAGUGCAAUAACAUUCUUCUUUGUCAAAAGCGAAGGUGGCACACCGUCGGCCUCAGAGGAAACGCCGUUGUUGAUUAACAGUAGAAGCAAUUCUGAUGGUCUGGGAGCCACAGAUGAGUCAUGGGUAGACCGUCUUUCUCCGAAGAUGAAGAGAAUCCUCGGCUCAGGACUUGCCGCUGUUGCCGGGCUGCUGUACGGCUCCUCGUUUGUGCCGGUGCUUUACAUAAAGAACCACGGGGCGCGGAAGGCAGCCGGAUUCGUCGGGGCCAGUCAGUUCGACCUCGACUACGUCUUCGCACAGUUCAGUGGCAUAUUUCUCACGAGCACAGUAUAUCUCCUCAUUUACUGCGCUAUUAUGAAGAAUAAACCUCAAGUUUACUCUAAAGCCAUACUGCCAGGGUUCGUGUCUGGCAUCAUGUGGGGCGUGGCCACGUGCUGCUGGUUCCUGGCCAAUGACUACCUCAGCGCUGUCGUCAGCUUUCCCAUCAUCACCGCCGGUCCCGGGUUUAUAGCUGCUGUUUGGGGAGUUCUCGUUUUCAAGGAGGUGAAAGGAUUACGAAACUGUUUAAUUCUGGCCCUGGCUUUCUGUAUUGUUCUUGCCGGCGCCCUGCUGACUGCGUUUUCCAAAGUAUGAGUCCACCUGCGGUUGUUUCCACCACUAGGGGGAGCCAUUGGAUAGUCUUAUUGUGAAAAGUCACCGAACAAGAACGGCACAAUUUGAAGUACGAGUUUACAAUUACUGAAGUAUAAUAAACUGUUCCUCAUCUUUGUUAUUGCCCUUAACUGGAUUAACUACAUUUCCCAGUAUGCUUUUUACCACUCAGUUGUUUAAUUAAGCUGUUACGUGAAUACAAGCACUUAAUCCACUUCUGAAUUUAUAUUCUGUACACAACCUAAAUCAAGUUUAUCCGUGGGAGGUGUAUAUAAUAUUAGAAAUAGAUUUUACCUAAUAUCAGCAACACAGGGUGAUUAUAAUUUUCAUAUUUCUUCAUAUUGUUGACACUAAACAUGCAACAGCUUGUUUUUUCCAUUUAAAAUGCCCACAAUCUGUAAAACCUCCACAUUCUAUGAGCUCUGACGGUAACACUGUUACUCCUCUGUGUAUGAAGUACGUGCAGAAAUUCAGAACCGUUUCGCUGCCCUUCCACCUUUUCCUUUGCUAUCAUUUUUUUGCCACACUUUCUACAAAAGUACGGGUAGGGUUUGGCAGUGGGUAAGCGAUUCACAGGUCACCUAGGAAACCAAAAUGCUUUAUAUAUUGCCGCUGUUUUUCUCCUGGGAAAUUUAGAAAAUUGGAUUUUAAAGGGACAGUGUACCUAAAUCCCAUGGAGUGGAGCUCGUGCGUAAUGCGAAAUGCUGCCUGUUUUGUUUUUCAGUGCAAUAUGGACCAGUAUAACGUUCGUUCUCCUGCUGUGCUGGUAUACAUUUACUACUGUUUUUUAUAGGUAUAAGGGGUAUUACAGAUUUUGAUUUAAUUAACCCUUUAGGACUGGUAUAAUAAAGUAUAGAUAUAAGAAUUUCUAUUUUUUUUACCUGGUAGCUGGCAUUUGAUAAUUUUGGGAUCAAGGGAAAUUGUUGAUUAAUGUGUCACUGUCUGUAAAUUAUAUAUGUAAAUCUGCACAUAUAUCUUCCUCCAAAUGUUUGUCUGUGUCCGGUUUCUCCUGUUAAUUCUUACACUUCGUCUUCCCCUUUGCUUUGAGUUUCUCUGCUUCACACAGAAAUUGUCACAGCUAUAAACCAUCUCAUUCUCAGAUGUUUUUAUGAACAUUUCUAUAAGUCUGCGAGUUCAUCGGACGUUGGGAAAAGGCUAUUUUUUUGCUGCCGAAAAAUAAAUUUGCAUACCCCAAACAGAUCAUUAGUGAAAGUAGUAAUAGUUUCUCCUAUAAAUACUUUGUCCCAAUUAACUUUGCUCAUAAAAAUAUGCCCUUUCUGUUUUAUUUCAUGGGUUUGUGAGCUAACAGAUGCCUUGGCCUGUCCAAAAAGGGGGCAUGACGAAAUAUUGGCUGGAAUCUUUGCAGCUGACUGACUGGAAUGUCCUAGCCAUUAAAUAUUAACACAUAUUAUUAACGUGUAUUAUUGAAUAGUCACGACUAAUUGUAGUCCUGUGUGUUUGUAUAACUUUCUAAUGUUUAUUAAAAAAAGACACCAUUAAAAACCAAUAAUCCUGUUUAUCAAACCAGAACAAUAUGGUUAUGUUAGUCUGAGGAAACAUCAAAAACUGAUUUGCUUGUUUGAAAGUACACAUGUCCUGUGCAGAAAUAGGUCGCAGCUAAUAAACAAUAGCGAAUUGUGCGCGUGGCACGUCAUC